AUGAAAAGGCAAAUGUCUAAUGGUAGAAUGAAAUCUGAUGUUGAUUUAUUUAAAUAAGCAGUUGAAGAAGUAGAAAGAAAAAGACCUGGUUCUGGACAACCCCUAUCAACUGUCAAAUCACCUUUACCUCCAAGAAAGCCACUUUUUUCUGGCACUCAAAAAUAAAGAUUGAUAAUCAAUGCGAAUAAUAUUGAACAUUAAAAUCAGGAACAGAAGUUAAUUAAAACAAGUUAGAAUUCAUCUAAAGCAUCAUUAAACCUCACAUAGAAUUAAUAAUAAUUGCAUUAAAUUGUAACAAUCAUUUAGAUUUAUUUUUUUAGAAAAGUCCUUAAAAAUAAGCUAAACCUCCUAUUCAUAUUGAUAAAAAGAUCAUAAUUGCAAGAUAAGAAUAAAUUGGAAGUUCUGGGAGACCUACAAUAACAGGAGAAAUGUAAUCAAGAAAUAGUAGCAAAUAAAAAGUAUCAAGUGCAGGUACGAACACUAAAUAAUUUAAUUGGGCUGAUGCUUUUGAAUAACCAUAACAAUAAAGGGAAUCUUCUUUAAAUGUAAUUUUUAUAUUAUAGCAAGAAAAGAAGGUUAGUAUCUAGAGAGAAAUUAAAAGCACUUCCAGAAUAAUAUUAAAUUCAUUAACACUAAUAAAUUACAUAAUCCUUUAAACCAGAAUAAAAUUAGUUUCAUGAAUUAGAUUAGAAAUUAACAAAAUCAGUUGAAAAUAAAUAACCUAUAUGUUAUACUGAUUUUAGUAUGACCUCAGGAAGGAAUGAUUUAUAAAAGGCUUUUGCAUCAAUCCAAAUGGAAAUCAAAUAAGCCUCAUAAGAAGCAAAACAAAACUCAGUGAAUUCAUAUAUGAAUGGUAAUCAUUUAAAAAUAUUAUUUAAUAGCCAUACCAGAGUAAGAGGAUGAUGGAUGUUCAUCAUUAGCAUAGAGUACACUCUAUUAAUUUUAAUGA